AUGAGUCGAAGCUGGCGGCCCGCCAAUGGCUCCCACAAGGUCUCAGCAAGACGUCCGGCUCCCGGCCCUGGGAAGGCUGCAGACGAUGCAGCAUCUGUGCAGCUGCAACUGGCAGAGCUUGAGAAGUCGUGCCCUGAAUUGGCGAUGGUUGUCUCCGAGUUCGAGGAGGAGCUGUCACACACGGACGGCUUCGCCAACGAUGCAUCCUGGUGGCGACACAUCGAAGCCCGCUUCGGACUCCGCUGCCUCCUCCUGCGUCUCGAGGAGGGCCUGGAGUCUGCUGCGGUGCGCUUCGAGCGCGGUUCAGGUGAACCAUCGGACGAGUCGUGGAAAAAGGUAGAGAUUAUGGACCGACUCCUCAAGUCUUUCGAGCAGACCACCGAGCCACGAUUGGCAAAAUCGGCACAGACACCUCGCGGAGUCCAAGUGGAGCGUCGAUACGGCCUGAAAGACAGCGAGGCCGAGUUGCUACGACUUCUGGUCAUCCGCGAGUGUGCGCGGAGUCGCGUCGUUUGUCGCUUCCUUGGCGACCAUUGCGGCAACUUGUCGGAUGGGAACUCGCCUUUGUGUAGCCUUUGUCGAAAUUCGCGGCUGGAUGUGCAGGACUUUCUACAAGAGAAGAGGCAGCACAUUAACGAGGGCAUUGUCCGUAUCCAGGAUGGUGGCUAUGGCGAGUCGAAGGAGCCCACGGUCUCGCCUGAGGCGGUGCAUGCGCUGAUGGGCAAGGAGCUCAGCACCGAGCAACGCCUGAAGCUAAGCUCUACGGUCAUCGAUGCUGUGCUGAGAGGCGAUUCUCCACCCGAGGAACCACGCCGGAGUCCGGAUGCUCCUCCAGCUCCGAUCCCGGAGCCGGCAGAUCUGAUUCCCGAGAUCCCAAACGGGGCUGGCCAGGAUGGCCAGGAGGUCAUUGCAACUGCAUCGGAGACGGCCGCUGAGGACGACGCGGAAUUGUUGCAGCAGCCCUACCGCGAGUCGCUGGACUACCUCAAUGACCAGUUCAGCCUCCUCGAGUGCGAAAUCCGCAUCGCCGAACACAGGCGACAAUCUACCAAGGAAGACGUGGGAAUCGAGGAGCCCUUUCUGCUCAGAUCCCGCAAAGUCAAUGUCUUUGAGCACGAGGCGAAAAGAAAGCUGGCCCUGGCCCGCAUCAGCCACCGUCUGAAGCUCACCAAAGAAGCAGGACUUGAAGUCCCGCGAUUGGAGGCUCUACAUCAAAAGACCAAGUUGGACGAUUUCGAAAAAAAUGUAGUGGUAAUGCUGGUGGGAAACACCUUGUCGCCCAAGAUCCAAGCCACACUAAAUGUGGGGGAAAGGCGCUUUCUGGCAAACGCGCCUCUGCAGGUGAGGGUCAUCCUGGAAACUUUCUGCCGUGACUUCAAGGAGGAGGUCCAGAAGCGCGUCUAUUUUUACAAGAGCGGCCGGCUGGCCAGCAGUGGCAUCAUCCGCAUCGGUGCUGGGGCCAGGAGUGGAGAUCUCACAUGCCACACUGUCCACAUAGACCGCCGCAUCCUGGACUUUGUUGUCGGGCUAGACACCGAGAUCAACGAAGUUGUGGAGGGAAGCAACUUGUACAAGCCCAGUGCAACGCUUCAGCAGCUGGUGCUGCCCGAAGACAUGAAGAGCAACAUCUUGGCUUUGGUGGACAAUUUCGAGCA